AAUGUAUGCACUCUAACUGUAAGUCGCUCUGGAUAAGAGCGUCUGCUAAAUGACAAAAAUGUAAACGUGACUUCCCUGUAGAAUUGUGUUGUCGGUGUUGUUGUCUUGGCAACAAGGGAACGUUUUGACAAACGUGAAGGCUACUAGAAUGCCCCCUAAGAAGAAAGGAGAGUCUGCCCUUAAGCAGAAUACUGCUGGACAAGGAGUAGAGGACUCAGAACACCCGGGGUCUGACAGAGAGGCUCUGCUACAGAGAGAGUAUGACAAGCUAACCGACACCUUGAACAACCUCAAGAGGAAAGUGGAAAAGUUACGGCGUGAGAAUGAGUUCCUACAGAAUGAGGCCAACCAGACUCGCAUGGAGAGCCAAGAGUACAUGUCGUACAUGUCCAAGCGGACACAGAAGCGUCAGAGUGCCAUCGUCACCCUUAGCGACCAGAACCACCAGGAACUGGAGGCCCUGAAGAGGCAGAGGGAGGAGACUCUGAACAAAUACCAGGAACAGGCCAAUGAGCUGAAGAAGGAGAUUCUGGAGAAGGAGAAUGAACUGGCGCUGUUAAAUAUUGAGAUUGCUGAGCUCCGAGAAUUCAAAAGCCUGCAGCAGCAGCAGCUGGGGCGUAUAGCAGAGCUAGAGAGGGAGGUGACCAGUAUGCACUGCCGUCACUCUGAAUCCCUGCAGGCCCUGAAGGCUGGCUUCCUCAGUGAGAAGGAGAGGUACGAAGCACAGGCCAAACAAAAAAUACAGGCCCUAGCCCUCGCAGCUAAUAGGGAGGCGUCUCGCUGCCUAUUGUCCCACACUAGAGCGGUGUCCCUGGAGAACCAGCGCCUGAGGGAAGAGCUGCAGCAGCUGAUCCAGAGAGCCCACUCCCUGAGGGGCCUCCAGGAUCAGCUCCAGGACCAGAGGCAGCAGCUCCUACUGGAGAGGGAGUAUGUCAGGGAGCUGAGGCGCCUCCGAGGCACCCCGGGGCCGACCCCACCAGGGUCCCACACUCGGCCACUGGGGGGGGGCGGAGGGAGAGAAGACACAAGACACCACCGCACAGCAGAUACCUGAGAAAGAGAGAGACACACACACAUCUGCAGAAGCCACUCUUUACUUUUUCCACAUUUUGUUGUUGCAU